GCCGACGCGACCCGACCCGACCCACACUGGACUCGCCUGCCUCUUCCUCAUCUUCCCCACCCUCUCACCCGGCCGGACCAGCUGCCGCCGUUUCCGCCUCCUCCUCCCCCGAUUCGCGCACGAUGGAGCUGGAGCAGAUCAAGAAGGUGGUGGGUGGAGCCGUGACUGCGGCGACGGUUGGCACCCAGGCCUACAAGAUCUACCAGAAAGGAAUGAAGCUAAUGGGGCCAAUCGAAUGCCCGUGGUGCUACAAGGACAUCCCGCGGGACCUCUUCGAAGCUCAUCUGCUGCAGCACAAGGGCGACCACGAUGUCUGCCAGGUGAAAAGGGCUGUUGCUGGAGGGAUGCGGGCAGGAAAAGAAGCUGCCAAGGCGUACAAGAAGCAGGAGAAGGAGGCACCGCAGCAGGCGAAGCGAGCGCGGGAGCAGGGACGGAGGUCAGGGACACGCCACAGGGAAUGAAGGAAUUGUUAGAGCAGAGUUCAGAGGGUAGAGGGAAGCUGGAGCAGCUGUGAUUUUGUCGUUAUCAGUUGAACUGCAUUAAGUACUACCUUUUAUUUGUGCCCUGAUGGUAGCUUAUAGCUGCUGGUAACAUCCUAAAUUUGAGAGUACUAUAUCCAUAUCGCGUACUAAUCUAAUGGUGUUCUCUACCUGAUAUUCGCCUUGGUGGCCAGAGAGGCACGGUCCGUGGAUUCAAAUAUAUUAAGUUAAAAGCUGGCACUUGUGAAAACUCAUGUCUUUAAAUGUUAGUGUUUGUUGUUA